AUGCAGCCCAUUAGAGCCUGCAACCCGAGUCUGCCCACGGAGGGGUGGAAGUUCGUCAAGGCGUUUGACGAUAGCGUAGCAGAAUCUGGCGUGGAGACCAAAAGGGCCACAAUGCAGAUUCUGCUAUUACUAACAAAAGAAUCCAUUGAACCGCUGGCGAAAAGUGGCAAGGAGAUAAACUACGGAUUCACGAAAGUGAGGAUUACACCGUACAAGUCGGACGCCGAUGCUGCAGACCAUCUAGCAUCGGAAAGUGAGACAUGCGAAGUAGAAAAAGAUCCUAUGGAGUUCUCGAGCGAUGUAGAAAGUAUAGAGCAAGAUGCUUACGAGCAGCUCAAUAAUUUCAAAGCUGGGAGCGUCAAGGAUGUGCAGAUCCGUCCAAAGGGGUACACCCCAAGGGAUAAUGAAUAA